ACGGUGCAGUGAUACUGAGGUUACUCUGCCUGAAAGUCCAAGCUUCCUGUUUUUUUAUUAUGACCCUUGUGUUGACUGCAGAUUACACUAUACAGUCUGUGGUUUACAGCAUGAUUCAAAAGUUGUACCGGUGUAUUUGUGUUCCAGCCAUCUGAAAAAAAAAAAGAGUUACAGACAGAUUUGUCUAUAAUGUCGGCUGGUAGGACAUUAGAAAAUGUCAGGGCGACAAUCUUGUCCGCUCACAAGAGCUCCACCAUAGAAGAUAAGAUCAGCUUUUACGACUCCUGGGCAGAGAACUAUGAACAGGAUCUGGUUGUUCUUGACUACCGUGCACCAGGUCUGGCAGCAAACAUGAUCUCCUCUCAUUACAGCGGUGACCGUGAAGCAGCUCUCGUGUUGGAUGUGGCCUGUGGUUCAGGACUGAUGGCCAAACAGAUGAAGAAACUGGGAUUUGGACAUUUUGUGGGAGUUGAUGGAAGCAAGAGUAUGAUGAAGGUGGCUGAACAGAGUGAGCUCUACCAGGACCUGAAGCAGUGUAUGCUUGGAGAGGAGCCUCUACCUGUCCAGUGGGCUGGUUUGUUUGACAUAGUUUUGAUCACUGGAGCACUCAGUGAUGGUCAGGUCCCUGUUAGUGUAGUCAGAGAGCUGUGCAGGUCCACCAAACAAGGUGGCUACAUUUGCAUGACCACCAGAAGUAACCAUGACAAUCUGGUCUACAAAGCAGCUCUGGAGUGUGAGCUAGAGCAAAUGGAAGAACAGGGGCUCUGGUCUUCUGUUGAGGUCACUGAGGUGGAAAAAUGGGAGAGAGGGGUGUCAGACAAGGAGGAUGGUUAUAUACCUGGCGUUGUGUAUCUCUAUAAGAAACUAUAGGAAUAUUUAGGACAAUGUCAUAUUCCAGUUACUGCAUAAUACACUUUAAAAAGAGUCUGGAUUUCUGAUGUUGAAUAAAUGUUUCAGUUCCAUGUUAAAUAAUAUACAUUCUACAUGCUAAACCAUUUAGCAACAACCAUUUUCCCUUCUUGACAACCACUUCAAUUUGAUACAGAUGCACAGUAACUUUCCUAAUACAAGAAUAACAACACAAUCCAGAGAAACGAGUAAUAAAUGAAGGUGCAACCUUUGUGUGUUUGCUGUUUGUCUGUUGUAAAUUCAUAUCUGCAAUGAUGAAACAAAUGGGCUUUUUCAUGUUUUGAUGGAAAAAGUCAACUUUUUUCUUGUUGUUUGUCAAAGCUCUGGCGAAGAACGUUUGUGUUGAUUUUGGUAACCACUGUGGCUGUUUCUGCAGCAGGUUAAUAUUUGCCCUGUAUGAGACCUACACAGCAGUCGCAAUAACAAAAAGCUUAAAAAUAACUGUGAGGACAUAAUCAAACUUGUUGCUGACAGUUUGAUUUGUAGUUUUAGCUCAUUUGGAGGUAAUGUUUUCAAUUUCAGUCUCUGAAUCAGAAUUGUGUUUUAUUGCCAAGUACAUUUACGCAUACAAGGAAUUAGACUUGGUGUACAAACAAAUGUACAAACAUAUUUGUCUUCAUGCUAAGCUCAUUUAACUCUUGAGAAAGGAAUGGGGAAAAAAAGGCAUCCGUACCUUUAAAUUGGGCGGCAGUAGCUCAGUCUUUAGGGACUUGGGUUGAGAAGAACUAGUUCAAGUACAUUGUGGACUGAGUCUGGAAUGUGUCUGGUAGCUGGAGAGGUGCCAGUUCACUUCCUGAGCACUGCAGAGGUGCCCCUUGAGCAAGGCAAUACACCCCCAACUACUUGGGCGCUCUUUCAUGUGCAGCCCCCUCACUCCAUUAGUGCAUGUCCAUUAGAUCCUGUUUGUACAUGUGUGUGUAUUGUAGCCUAUGUGUGUGUAGCAUGUCUCAAUAACAAAGUGUAAAAGUCAUUUCACCUCAUGGGAUUAAUAAAGGAUAUCUUCUUCUUAAAGUACCUCCCUCUUUUGAGAUAUCUUUUGGCUUUCGCAACUGGGGUGGUGUUACGGUGCAGGAAGGAUAUCCAAUUGUUUGUUUUUGUUUUAUAUUAAAGCACAAACGUGUUCAAGUUAGUGGUGGAUUCAGGUAAUAUAUUGUGUUUAUAAAGUGAAGAAGGAACACGCUGUUCAAGUCUGAUAAAGAUUAGGAUCAAGGGGUAGGGCCAACAAUAGCAAUAAAGUAAAAGUAAAAUCAAACAAAGGAAUGUCCUUACAAUCAGAUUAUUUUUACAAGUGGAAUCUGACAUUAUGCAGCAAUUCUCACACAACCUGUUAUGCAGGUUGUUAACUAUAGUUUUCUCAAGAUUAAACAAGCCCUAAGUGGCUGUUGCUGCGUCUCUUUAAUUGUUGUCAUCUGCACACAGAGGUGAACAGGACAAAAUGUACCCCUCAGCCACCUGAGCCCCGGUGUUUAAAGUAAUAUCAUCAGGUUCUACCGUGGAUUCGAUUGUAAGAGUUGUUACAAAGAAAAGAGGAUUCUUCAUCUGCUACACCAAACCCACGUUGGAUAAAAAAAAAAAUGUCCACUCAAAGAACAUUUGAAACUGUGAGGGAAGUCGUUGCAUCGGUUCGUGCAAAAACUGUGGCUUGUGGAAAACUGGCUAUGUAUGACACCUGGGCAGAGAACUACGAUCAGGAUUUAGUUACUCUGGACUACCAUGCACCAGCUAUUGUAGCAAAGACCAUCUCCUCCCAUUUCAGCGGUGACCCUGAAGGUGCUGUUGUGUUGGAUGUGGCCUGCGGUACAGGACUGGUGGCAAAGUAGAUGAAAGAACUUGGUUUUGGACAUUUUGUGGGCAUUGAUGGAAGCAAGCUUAUGUUGGAGGAGGCCAAAAAGAAGGGACUGUACCAAGACUUGAAGCAAUGCAUUUUGGUACAAGAGCCACUUCCAGUGCAAAGUGGAUCAUACGAUGUGGUUGUAAUUUGUGGAGCCCUGACUGUGGAUCAUGUUGCUGUAAGUGUGAUCAGAGAGCUGUGCCACGCCUGCAAACCAGGUGGCUUGGUUUGUAUGACGUGCAGACAUGGUGAAGACAAUGUGGAAUACAAAGCAUCCUUGGAGCGUGAGCUGAAGGAGAUGGAGGUGGAGGGACUGUGGAGUUGUGUAGCUGUCACUGAGAAGGAACACUGGUCGAAAUCAGUGAAAGCUGCAGGGGACAUCUACAUAUCUGGAUCUGUGUACCUCACAGAAAACUGUAAUACAAUAUAACACUCAGCUGCUAUGUCACAAAUUGUUUAACAGCAGACAAUGUGAACAAUAAACAGUUAAAGAGA